UGACGCGGCGGCGGCCCCUUUAAACGCGGCGCCUGGGGUGCCUUGAGCGUGCCUCUCUGCUGCCCCCUCCCCGCCUCACCGCAGUGACAAAUCCGCUCCCGCCCGCCUCCGCCGAGCCUCAACAGAGCCGGGCGGCGCCGGGAAGCGCUGCCGCGCGGCUCUGCAGCGUCUGCCCGCCUGCCGCGGAGCCCCCCAGCCCCGGGCGGCGCGACAGCACGGAGCGGCGAGGGGCGCGAUGGAGGCUCCGCGCUUGGCGCACACCAUGAGCAGCCCCACUAGCCCCUGCGAGGAGGUGAUCAAGAACCUCAGCCUGGAGGCGAUCCAGCUUUGCGAUAGGGACGGGAAUAAAUCUCAAGACAGUGGGAUUGCAGAGAUGGAGGAACUUCCAGUUCCACACAACAUCAAAAUAAGUAACAUCACGUGUGAUUCCUUCAAGAUUUGUUGGGAUAUGGAUGCGAAAUCCAAGGACCGCAUUACUCAUUACUUCAUCGAUCUCAACAAGAAAGAAAACAAGAAUUCCAACAAAUUUAAGCACAAGGAUGUACCCACUAAACUGGUGGCCAAAGCUGUUCCUUUGCCUAUGACAGUCCGUGGGCACUGGUUCCUGAGCCCAAGAACAGAGUAUACAGUGGCAGUGCAGACAGCAUCAAAGCAAGUCGAUGGUGAUUAUGUUGUUUCUGAGUGGAGCGAAAUCAUCGAGUUCUGCACAGCAGAUUAUUCAAAAGUUCACCUAACACAGCUUUUGGAAAAAGCUGAAGUGAUUGCAGGCCGCAUGCUCAAACUGUCUGUUUUUUAUCGGAAUCAGCACAAAGAAUACUUUGACUAUACCAGAGAGCACCACGGGAAUGCUAUGCAGCCCUCUGUUAAGGAUAACAGUGGCAGCCAUGGCUCGCCGAUCAGCGGGAAGCUAGAAGGCGUCUUCUUUAGCUGCAACACUGAGUUUAACACUGGGAAGCCACCACAGGAUUCACCUUAUGGAAGAUACAGGUUUGAGAUUGCAGCUGAAAAACUCUUCAACCCAAAUACUAACUUGUACUUUGGAGACUUCUACUGCAUGUACACAGCCUACCACUACGUCAUUCUCGUCAUUGCCCCCGUCGGGUCACCAGGAGACGAAUUCUGUAAGCAGCGCCUUCCUCAGCUAAAUAUAAAAGAUAAUAAAUUUCUGACCUGCGAUGAAGAAGAUGGUGUCCUGGUUUACCAUCAUGCCCAGGAUGUUAUUUUGGAAGUAAUUUACACUGAUCCUGUGGAUCUCUCCCUCGGCACAGUUGCAGAAAUUACUGGUCACCAACUAAUGAGCUUGUCUACUGCAAAUGCAAAGAAAGAUCCCAGCUGCAAGACCUGCAAUAUCAGUGUUGGACGUUAAAACUUCCCUCGUUCCGUACUUAGGAGCCUUCAAACCUCUGUUGCCCAUUUCCAUAGUCAGGCAUUUUUGUCAGAAGCAUGCACAUGCCGCUGUCACCAAAAGCAAACACGAGUCUUCAAAAUCCCCGAUAGCGUUUUUAGCAUUUCUUCUCUUCCUCCUUCCCUCCUGUUCCCCUGAUGCUUUAAAUGAUUAGAAGUCCUGGAUUUCUUUCUGGCAACCAUUUAUACCUAGAUGCUGCAACAAUUGUUUUCUGUUUCUUGCCAAACAUAACAAAACCCUAUAUAAACUGCUUUAGCAAAAUGAAAAUAACGGCUUCUCGACGGUGUCUAAAUAUGCGUUCGUUUUAACUACUGAGCAAGUACCGGGGUAACUAAACAGCAUGACAGGUUGUAAUUGCAGCAUGAGUUGAAUUUCAGAGCCUAGAAAUGUCAGCACUUCCAGCGCGUUGUUUGACAGUGUUAUUUAUGUUAUUUAUAUUAGCUAACUGAAAACAGAAACUGUGUCUCGACAUGAUAAAUAUAAUAGAAAAAUAUUUUAUUUGUACCGCUGUAUAAAAUAUUAUACAAUCAUAUAGAAUAUAUAGAGUACAUUUUAAUAUCAAUUGUAUACGUAUGUCAUGAAAUCAUUUUCCCUUAUCAAAGAUGUAGUUUGUAAACUUCAAAUAGCUCUGUAUCUGUUCCUGUUGCUCUAGAUGACUUUAAUUAAAACAUAUUUACGAAGGAGACAAUUUCUGAUUCAUAAAAGUUAAGUUAUAAAUUAUUAAGUCAGUACACUGAAACAAGAGACCUCUGAGAAAUAAAAAUUUCCUUUUUUAGUGUGCAUACUUUUCCCUCCAAGCUACUUGAAAAUGUGCAUGUCUGCAGGAUCAUGCCCAGCCAUUACACACAUGGGAAAUACAAACAGGGUUGGUACGUAAUAGGCUUUAUAAAAUGGAAGUCUUCUCACCUAGAUAAAAACCAAGUUGCUUAUACUACGUGAUCAAUACAAAAUGACAGUUAAAGAAGGAAAACACUAAACAUGAAUAAACUUAUUCAAGCCCCUUCUUAAAUUUAUGUUGCUUUUUUUUAUUAUUGUUAUUCCUUACUUUAUGUCUGGGCCAGGUAUUUCUCAGCAUCCCGGCUUUUCAUUUCUCACGCAAAACCCACUGACAAGCCUUUUGUUAACGGCCCACUUUUCACAUCUAUCACACAUAGUGGGGAAAAAAAUCCUUCACAUUACUGUGUGGUGCUCUGAAAUUAAGAAAGAUGUGUAAUUCCAAUGGAAAAAUAGCUGGUUUUUAUAUAUAUAUAUAUAUUCUUACUUCUAGUAAACAAGGAGUCUAGCAUUCCUCAUCAGAUAACUGUGACACUCAAUUAUAUACCAUCUACUUUAGCUAUCCAAAAUACCUUAGCAUAAUGCAGUAAUCUAGUCCUGUGUUAAUAUAUAGAUAGGUGGCAAUUUAGAACACAAGAAAUACUUGGACAUUUUGCAAAGUGCAUGCUUCUAAAGGAACUUUGGUAGUUAGAAAAGCAAAUGUUCUAGUGCCAGGCAAAAUAAAGUGCAAAGUUUAAUACAGAAAUAAAAAUUAGCAUGUGGUUGAUCUAUUUACUGAAGUACCAUGAGCCAGGUCCUGUGAAUUGCAGUGCAAAGGACAGCAGCCACUACAUU